CGAAAAUUGAAAGCUUUCCGUCCGUCUAAAUUUCGACAAUGAAGAAAAAGAAACGGUCGUACUCUGUCACGUCUAGUGGGAAAACAAGAAGAAGAAAUAGAACAAGGUAGGAACAAUUUUCUAUCAAAGAGAAGUGACGAUUGAUGGCUCAUGUACUAAUUGGAGGUGGAAGAAAAAGAAUUAAGUAACGGAACUUGUACUACCUUAAAGUGGGCGAAGGAGAGAUAGGAUUCAUCUUUAUUGGAUUGUAGUAUCUUGACCUCCUCUAAGGCCAAAAGAUGUCGUUUCGUGAACUGCGAAAUUUUUGCGAGAUCAUGCGAUCUCUGGGAUAUCAUCGUCCGAUAUCCAUGGAAAAUUUCCGACAACCGAAUUUCGAACUAGUGUUAAGGGAGCAGUUUUUCGUAAAUGAAAGCGUAUCAAGGUGUCCGAUGGAUGUUUCUUCGUUAGAGCACAGGACUCACACGGGAAUCCUCGAGUAAGGAAUCUUGAAGAGAUACGUAAAGCCUAGGAUGUGAAGUAAUAUAUAUGUUGAGGAGCUCUAAGCCAAGCAGAUCUUUUGGAUUGGAUUCUUCAUCGCUACGAUUCGUCUGCUGCGGUUCCCGACGAUAUAUCGACCGAACAAUGCCGCGUGCAUUUUCUGACAACCUGUUGUCGGUUAAUACUAGACAAAACGAAUAUAAAGGUAAAUCCGCGGAAGCUGUACGGGGCGGAUGGAUACGCGGUGAAGGAGCUGUUAAGGUACUGAUCUGUGUUCUAUGUCGUGGUUCUAAUAGUUGUACGAGUAACCGUAGCUCCGCGAGCUACUUUCAAAAAUAGUUGUUCUUGCAUUCCUACGUCGUUCGUCUGCUCUGCACUGCCAGGGUAGCGCAAAUGCUAUACGACGCUCAGAAAUCGAUAACGCAAAAUCUAGCGAGCGAAGCGGAGAUGGAGACGAGCGCGUUUUCAUUAUCUUCAAAGCUGCACGACUUGAAGUCCACUCGCUCUCUGUGUUCCUCGAUAGUAGACAGCGGAGCGACCCUCCACGAGCUACUCAUGAAAGAACACACCAAUCGGGAAGAGAGACAGAAGGCGCUCAGGUAUCAAAUAACUCUCCUUCGUUGUCCUAGAGUCACUGUCUUUUGUGUGGCGACCUGCUUUCAUACUUUUCGUCCAUCAGCAUCGGAAGAGCUAAGAAUAAACAUGAUUACAGGUUUCUCGACGGUAUAUCCCGAAAUUUGGAGAGCAACAGUGAGCAGGAGAUUGUCGAGCGCAGUGUGACGCGACUAUUGAAUACACAUACAGAGAAAGUGACAAGUCUCAGGCAGACGGUCGACGAGCUCUCAAGGGACGAGAAGAAUCUCGAAUCAAAAAUCAAGAAGAAAAAGCAAGAAUUUUAAGGCAAGCUUAAAAGGUCAUGGUAGGUCGUGGAGAACUACUAAACCAAGUAUAUUCAGUUAGAGCUCCUACUUACUUAGAUUUUUGAGAGGAUGCGCGGCAGCAUUCUAGGGGAAUCGCGAUGCAUGUACGGGGGCUCAGCCAGGUAAGCAUAGUUACACCGUUGUCACCUCUAAGAACUGGAUCGUUGUAGUGCGCGAUUAGGGCAGCUUACUAGCGUGCGGCCUGCUUUCAUGGACGAGUACGAAAAGCUAGAGGAGGAGCUAGCGAAGGUAAUACCCCUGGUGAAGGGGCAUGGAGGGAUAACUGUUGUAACAAGAACACAAACACGAAAACUUCAAAACUUCUGCUCUGUACUACUACUACUCAUCGUCAUCUUGACAACAACUCUUCCUUCAAUCACGCAGGUUUACGACAGCUAUGUGCAGAGGUUCCGGAAUCUGGAUUAUCUGGAGUACGAACUCGAUCAUUUGAACAAAGAGGAAGAGGAGAAGAUGGAGCAGAAUGCAAGGGAGUUGAAGAGACUUCAGAAACGCCUGCGGGAAGAGGAGUGGCGCAUGCUCAGAGGUUCUUUCUCUUCCUUGCAUGUUUAUAGUCACCUGCUAGCUACGAUUUUUACAAUCAACAUGAUUAGUUUUUGUAGCUAGAAGCGAAGAAUUGAGCGUGCCCUCUACGUGCACGAGCAUGUGCAACGGAGAAGUCUAGCUGAAAUAGCCUGGAGGCAGUGGUAGAGCAUGCUCUUUAUUGUACUUACUAUAAACAAAGGCGACGAGGAUGGCGACACUUCCGCGAGUAAGCCAAGCGUUGCUGCUGUGCAGCGACCGCGAGCGAAAAGCCAGGUCACAGGGUCUAUGCUUGCCGUAUCGGAAGGAUCGAGUGAAAGUGACGACGGGAGCUCCGAAGCCAUAAGCGUCGGAAGGAGCGAGUAUUCGUUCUCAAACUCGUAGCUACAACGCAUGCUGAUCUUGAAAGAAACAGACUUUUUCUUAGUAAAUUGCCCAUGAUAACGGGGACGUGUGCAACGUUCUGCACCACGCAGUGUCGUCUAAGUAAAAGCAGCAUUUCAACCAUCAACUUACACUUCACCUCUCAGGGGCAGCGACCAUCCGCUUAGCAUAUCUGGAUCUGACGAUAUAUUGGAGCAGUCAGAAGAGAGUUCUCCACGUGCGGGUGGCGGCGGCAACGACCACAACUUCUAA